AUGUCUCGCCUCCGCCUCCUCCGCCGCAGCUCCUCCUCCACCACACUGAUACCCCUCCUCCGGCUCCUCCGCCGCUGCUCCACCUCCACCUCCACGUCGCCGCCCUCACGCUCCUGGUCUCCCCGAGACGCCUUUGUUGCGGCCAUAGAGCGUGUUCGCGCCAGGACGCUCAGCCCGGAAGACGCUCACCACCUGUUCGACGAUUUGCUCGGUCAGGCCACCCCGGUCCCCGUGCGCACCCUGAACGGCUUCUUUGCCGUCCUCGCCCGUGCCACGUCCUCUGCCGCCCGCAUCCGAGAUGGCCCCGCCCUUGCCGUCGCUCUCUUCAACCGCGUGUGCCAAGAAGAGGCCGGUCCGCGUGUGGCGACGCCCACAGUCCACACCUAUGGCAUCCUCAUGGACUGCUGCUGCCGCGCGCGUCGCCCGGACCUAGGGCUCGCCUUAUUCGGCCGCUUCCUCGGGACAGGCCUGAGGACAAACGAGAUCGUCGCCACCACCUUCCUCAAGUGCCUCUGCUGCGCGAAACGGACAGAAGAGGUUGUGAAAGUACUGCUUCACAGAAUGCCCGAGCUGGGCUGUGUGCCUAAUGCCAUCUCGUACUCCAUAGUUUUGAAAAGCUUGUGUGAAAAUAGCAUGAGUCAGCAGGCACUCGACCUGCUCCAGAUGGUAGGGAAAGAAGGAGGCUGCCUUCGUGAUGUGGUGGCAUAUAACACAAUCAUCCAUGGCUUCUUUAAGGAGUGCGGAAUAGACAAGGCAUGCCAUCUAUUCCAUGAAAUGAUGCGGCAAGGGGUUGUGCCGACUGUGGUGACAUACAACACAGUAAUUGAUGUGUUGUGCAAGGCCGGAGAAAUGGACAAGGCAGAGCUAGUCUUUCAGCGGAUGGCUCGUAAUGGUGCGCAGCCCAAUAAAGUGACAUGUAAUGGCAGUAAAUUUAGUUCACUGACUGACGGAUAUUGCUCAGUCGGCAAGAUGGAUAAAACAUUCAAACUGCUUGAUGCCAUGGUAUCAGCUGGAAUUGAGCCUGAUGCUGUUACUUAUAGUGCACUUCUUGAUGGCUAUUUUAAAAAUGGAAGGAUCGAUGAUGGUUUGACUCUAUUUAGAGAAAUGCCGUGCAAGGGAGUUAAACCAACAACUGUGACAUAUGGCAUCAUACUGGAUGGUUUAUAUCGUGCUGGGAGAACUGCUGCUGCCAAGAAAAUGUUUGAUCAGAUGAUCAAAAGUGGAAUAACAGUGACCGUUUCCAUAUACACUACUCCCUCCUUUCCGGUUUAUAAGGCAUAUUUCAACUUUUUUGUUUUUCCAAUUUAA